CCCAAGAAGCUCGAAGUUUCGCCUUUCCGCUCCCUCGUUUUCUUAGGCAUCCUAACAAAGGCCACCGUUUUUGAGCUUUUAUGAAUGCGCGCUUCCUUCAAGCCAGUCGCUUCCUCUACGUUAGGCAAACAUGAUUCUAGAGACUCGUAAUAGGCAAUAUCAAUUAUGGACAAGUUCCUUUUGUACGCUGCACUCAUUUGGACAGCGGCCCAGUCGGUCCAGGCGUCUGCUGAGGCUCUGGCCUCAACUACGGAACAGCUGCUUAAAGCUUUAACUGAGACGUCUGCUGAGACUAUCUAUCUGAAUGACACGCUUACCUUGAACCGUUCGUCGUGGCCGAGCGGCAGAACGGUAAACCUUACGCGCUCGGUGACCAUAACAGCCACCCCCGAGCGGGUUAAUUCUCAAGCCUACGUGGUACUGGACUUUUCUAACUUGGCGAUGAUAAUUGCCCUUGCGCCGGGUUGCACGCUCCGAUUCGUUGGACUAGAGCUUGCAAACCACUUCGACACGGUAGGCCCCACCCUCCGCCCUAUCUACCAAUCCGUCGGCGCCACCAUUAAAAUUGAGCGCUGUAUUCAGCGCCGGCUUGCGGGGUUGCCGUACUCCGCUGCAGUCGUCAACAUGGUUGCAGCAUCGCGCCCCGCGGGAGUGCCCGGACCGCAGAACUGCAGCAUCAUUCACAACUUCACAUACACCAACACACGGAAUCCGAAUGUGACCAUCUCGGCCCCUGACGCAGUGGCCAUGACAGACUAUGAUACUGUCCUGGCCCCAGACAGCUCCCUCGCCUUCCAGGGGCUCUACUACGGCGGCUACACCUACUGGGUCCUCGACUCUCACUACCUGGUCGACCACUUCGUCUCCUCCUCCUGUCUGCAGCGCCGCUCCGGCAGCGAGUGUGUCACGUUGCUGCUGCAGGAACUCAACGCAGCGGGGGGCCCACCCGAGGAGCUCCUGCCGGACGCGCCGGGGGGGGCGCCUAAUUUGGCAAUGGGGGCUCACAUGGGAACGAGUGGCGGGAUACCGGAGGAGCAAUCGUCGUCGGCAUCGUCGCGCGUUAAGACGAUCGUCCCAGCUGCCGUUGUACCCACACUGGGCGUCGUACUCAUUCUGGUUGCGGCGGCGGCGUUGUUUGUCGUACGACGACGACGGCGACGUGAUGCUGGCGGCGGCGGCGCCGCCGGCACUGACGUCAGCACCCGAAAGGAGGGCGCCUCCGCUGCAGCCGCCGGCGACGCCGCCACCAGCUGUUCUGCGCACGGCAACGGCGGUGGCGGCAGCAAGCGUGGCGAAGGCGAAGGGGGCGUCGAUAUGGAGGCGUGUGUGGUGGGUCAGUGUGCUGCAGGUACUGCUACUGAUGCCCCAGGAAAGGAGGCGGGGGAACCUUCAGUUUCUAGAGCGGCGGAGGCGGCGGCUAGAACCGCAAGUGGCGGCAGCCGGCACAGCGACGAUGAUGGUGAGGGCAGCGGCGGCGGUGGCUGCAUCUUCCUUGGCUUGGACGCGGGCCAGAAGCUGCCCAAAUGGUCUGCGGAGGCCGCUGCGGAGGGCGCUCCCACGGUCGACGACGGCGGAGACCUGGCGGGAGGUCCCGCCGCUGCCGCCGCCGCCGCCGCCGGUCCCCCCGGCAGCCACACCGCUGACGUCAUCACCUCCCGGGACACCUCCCACGUCGGCGGCUGGCGGGAUGCCGGUCCCAGCACCGCUCCCACCUCCGGCGGAAUCGCGGGUGCCCCUCACGGCGAAUGCGGUGGCCGCAGGGCCUCUCGGGGCAGCAUUCCGGCGGCGGCGGUAGCAACCGAUGACACCGCCGCCGCCGCCGAUACUACGACAACAGCAGCAGCCGUUGCACGUCACGGCAGCACCGGGCCUAGCAUUAGCUUUACCGCCAGUCGGGAUGUGAUGGCGGAGCUGGAGGGGCUCUCACGGGGCCUGCGUACGAGCAUCCGUGACGUACAGUUACGGUUGGAGGGGGUAUUGGGUUGCGGAUCGUACGGCACGGUUUACAAGGGUACGUGGCAGGGGCUGUCGGUGGCGGUGAAGACACUCGUGUUCUCGGCCUCGCAUGAGAGUCGCCGCCGGGCGUUGCAAGAAGCAGCGCUGUGCGGCUCCAUUAGUCAUCCCAACAUUGUGGCUACGUACUCUUCGGAGGUUGAAGCAUUGCCUGGAGCGUACGGCAAUUCCGGAUCCGGAACCGUGGGUCACGGGGGCGGUGGCAAAAGAGGAGGAGCAGGGUCGCGUGGUGAAAGCGGCGAAAUGGGGGGAGCUGGAGGAGGCGGUGCCAGUGGGAGUGGCAGCGGCAGCGGGGUGUCAGCGAUUGUGGACUGGCGAUUGUACAUCGUACAGGAGUAUGCGGACGGAGGGCCCCUCUGGCGGUUGUACGGCAGUCAGGCGCUGUGGCCCAGCCCCGGGGCUCCGAACAUUCCUGCCGUACUCUCCCUGGCUCUGGGCAUCUCCCGAGCUGUGGCCCACCUGCACUCCAAGCGGAUCGUGCAUGGAGACCUGAACCCCAACAAUGUGCUCCUCAAGCGCGACCCCACCGACCCCUCCGGCUUCCAGAUCAAGGUCGGGGACUUUGGACUCAGCGUGUUGCUGCCUCACAACCGCUCCCACGUCAGCAACCUGCGGCUGGGCACCAUGUUCUACAUGUGUCCGGGGGUGGUCAUGAAGGCGCAAGUGGGGCCGCCGGCGGACGUCUUCUCCCUGGGUGUGCUGCUAUGGGAGCUCUACCACGGCCGCCCCGCCGGCACGCGCACCGAGCGCGGCCCCCGCUACUGCGCCAUCUUCCCCGCCUUCCCGCCCGCCUGCCCCGAGCUGUACAGCAGCCUGGCACUGCACUGCCUGCAGCGCCAACCGCAAAACCGCCCCUCCGCUGCGGAGGUUUCGGAGCGGUUAGAGCGGUUACUCGCGUCGUACUGGCCGCCUGCAGUACAACAUCAACACCAGCUGCAAUGUUCACCUGCUUCGUUUAAUCGCUACUCCGCACCGCACCCCCACAACAAUGUCGGCGCUGGGUAUCAAGGUGCACAGCAAGGGAUUGCAGCGGCAGCAGGGGCGGCAGCAGCAGCGGGGGGCCAGUGGACGUCGCCGGUGCCGACGCCUCCAGCGCCUGAGGUGCCGGGGCGGUUAGCUGUGGCGACGGUAGCGAUGUCGCUGGGUGAGGUGGGGUCGGGGUCGGAACUUGGAUCCGGAUUCCGAAGUGGGCCGGAAUCCAUGUCGGACUCUGGGUUGCAAAGGAGUGGCCCCGGGAGCGAGGAGGAGGAGGAAGAGGGCUUGCGCAAUGUGAUAUAAGAGGUGGGAAGAGAGGGAGGCAGGAGGAGGAGGAGGAGAAGAAGGAAGGCGAGGAGGAGAGGGCGGUUGGGGCGGUUGCCGGGGUGCAGGUUCAGCGACGGAUGGCGUGGGUUUGACGUAUCGGUAUGAAUGGUGCGUCGGCCUAGCUGGCUGCUGGGUAGGCAGUUGUUGGAGAGUGUUUGGAGAGUAGGAGCGACUGGGUUGUUAGCGAAUGCCCCUCCUCGACUUUCGGAGUGGCUUGUUUUUUUGUUUUACAAGCCUCAACAAACGCAUGUACGCAUUAUGUUGUGUUGUUGAGGCUUGUGAGAACCAUUGGGGCAGCAGCCUGGUGGCGUGCGGGUGUGCAAGCGCCGGUGGGGUGCUGCUGUUAUGUUGUGGUGCUGGUUGGUUGGUAGGGGCCACAGCGUCCCACCCACACUGGCGUCCGUUGGGCGUUGAUAUGUGUGUGUUUGGAGAGUAGGAGCGACUGGGUUGUUAGCGAAUGCCCCUCCUCGACUUUCGGAGUGGCUUGUUUUUUUGUUUUACAAGCCUCAACAAACGCAUGUACGCAUUAUGUUGUGUUGUUGAGGCUUGUGAGAACCAUUGGGGCAGCAGCCUGGUGGCGUGCGGGUGUGCAAGCGCCGGUGGGGUGCUGCUGUUAUGUUGUGGUGCUGGUUGGUUGGUAGGGGCCACAGCGUCCCACCCACACUGGCGUCCGUUGGGCGUUGAUAUGUGUGUGUAGUUGAGUAAAGCAAAAGCAAGCAGUUGGGAUGUUAAAAUAACUGGCGUGUGUGUGUAUGUUCGUGCGGAGGAGGCGUGAUGGCGGAGUGAGGAUCGUAAUGAGGAUCAAGAGUGCAUCAAGAGGGGAGUCAACGUGAUGUGUCCGUCCAAUGAUGUGCUGGGUGCUUGCAGGGGCGGUCAUGGGGAUCGAGGUGGGCUGUGUAGGGGAGUCACGGUGCGAUGGGUGGAGUCGUGGAGUGGGGGGUGUGAUGGGGGGUUGGUAGGAUGCACCGUAACGGAGAGGGGAAGGGAGCGGCAGGUGAGUGAGCGAGCGAGACACGUGCGCCAUGCGAACAGGACACGACCGACCGGACCAGGCGGUUAGGGAGGAAGGGUCAAAAUAGGCCGAACCAAAGGAAACCAUGAAUCAGGGAGGGAGGAAGGUGGGGGGAAGGAGAAGACGAGGGGGGAAGGCAGGUGGCACAGGAUGAGCUAACUGCCCCCUGGUUAGGAGGGAACACAAUCCAGAAGGAGGGGAACCUUCACUCUACGCGACCCAACUUGAGAAGGGCUGAGUCAUGUGAUGGAUCUGCAUGGAGUAGAAGGCCGCAUGCAGCGAAGAAGGCAGCGCCGGUCGUGUUAGCGGUAACCCGAGAGUGCAAUAGUUCGCAGGCUUGGGGUGGCCUUGAGGUGCCGGGGGGAGGUUGGUGUAGGUAUGGAGCGGGGUUUGUAGGUAUGGACUCCUGGGGCACCCAUGUGCUACAUGUGCUAUACCCCAUGGGAUGUAAUAGCCGGCAAGCUAGUACGGUACGUUGCAACCACCCGGGGGGUCCGGUGCAGGGUCGGGCUUCUUUCAAUGUUUAGAGGCAGUCGAAUUGGAGCCGUUGUGGAUUGUGCAUGGGUUAUUAUUGGAAUGUGGGUGAAGCUACGACUGUGGUGGCAUUGAUGGGAUGGCGUUUGGGUAGCUGUGUGGUUUUGUACGGUCGAUGCAUGUGUACAUUCCGCUUCCUUUAUGCGCGCACUUCCUUCGAAACCUUUUUGGGCGGAGCCCCCGCCGCGAAGCGGCUUCGGGGGGGCUUCGCCCCCCAGGAUUGCCCCUGUCCGUGUGUCCGUGUGUCCGUGUGUCCGUGUGUCCGUGUGUCCGUCCGUAACGGCAAAACAUACAAUCUAGACAAAACUAUUUAUUGCACCUAAUAGAUAUUUGUUAUCUGUAUUCAGUAAAAAUAACUGGAAGCCAAACAAACUUAAUUUCGCAACAAACGAUUUAUUGACCAG